CAUUUAUAAUAUUAAUAUAAGUAGGGAUUAAACUAUAAACAGAAAGAGAGUUAAGAAAAAAAGAUUUUGAAAAAAAGAUUUUGAUGCUUUGUGAGUUAUUCAGUCUGUAAAAAAAGAGUCGGACACUGACCCCACAGAGUACAUUCUGAUUAUUUCUGAUAGAGUAUUAAUUAAUGUCUUUGUUUCUGAUAUACUGUGACCGGUGAUGGAUAAUCUUAAAUGACAGAAAAAUCGUUCGAAAACGUUCGCCUUCAUUUCGUGUUUUGAGAUAAUGGAUGAAAACAGACAAUGUACAAUUAUUGCUGUUUAAUAAACAUACUAACAAAACAUUCGUAUUGGUAUUAACUCAUGGUCUAAGUUAAAAAUAAACUUCUCCGGUCUUUCAUUCGGGGAAUUACAAGUUCAUAUGUUUUUGUCAGUUUGACUUUGACAUUUCUGCCUGUUGUCAUUGUUCGGAGUUUAUCUUAGAUUCGUUUCGUUGCGAAGAAAACGUUCAAAAUAAAGUAACCUCAUAAGUUUAUAGUAUUAAAUAAUUACAUAGAUGUCUAUCGAUACUGAAAAUGACUUUUCCGACUUCAAAUUGCCACCUAUCUUUGAAGAUCUGAAUGAGAGGGUUAAAGAAUACUUAUUGAAGCCGGAAAGACUUGCAAUACAUCAAUGGGAACGAUCUCAGACACACUGGCACAGGGAGUCAAAUGUUGAUUCUUUAUUUAUACAUGAUGACGACGAUUUCGGGCCGGACACCACAUUAGAGGUGGUAAGGGAUCCAAUCACUGGUGAGAUAACAGGCCUAGAAGAGAUCCAAAUACCAAUUGAAGAUGAUGAAGACAGCCUCUCCAUGUCAAGGGCCCCUUUACCCCCCAGCCUGGCGACAAGGGGCACCACAACGCAGAGCCCCUUUUUGCCAGCUGGCUUUGAGGAAGAAUUGGAGAAGAUGCUUGCUGAAGCAGCGAAUGGAGAAGUUAAUAUAGAUCUGGAUAAUUCUGAACCUGGAAAGUUUUUGGGUGAAGAUAUCUUGAACAUACCACCUGGAUCAAAAGAGGCUGUAUUGUUCGCUGAAGAUGGCUUUACACUCCUCAAUGAUCUUAAGGACACCAGUGACAAGGCUGAUGACGAGGACAAUGUUGAUAUUCAUGUCAAAAUUAACUUGGAAGAGGUUGUUGAUAAUAACGCACAUUUAGUAGAUUUAUGGAAAGAUGAGGAGGAACCACAAAAGAAACCUCAAAUACCAGCCAGGAAACUGGACCUGGACGCUGAUGCAGAUAAUGACAACUUCUUAGAAGCAACUAUCAUCAGACCUCCAAUAGAACUACCGGAUAUACCAGUACUGAAUAUUACCAGCUCAUCAAUGAAGACCGGUGUGACUUCCACGGAUUGGGCGGAGAUGAUUGACGUGUCCCAGCCCGUACCAGAGUUCACGGAUAAGAUUAAAGACAUGGCACAGACUUAUCCUUUCGAAUUGGAUAAUUUCCAGAAACAGGCUAUACUGAAACUAGAAGAGGGCCACCACGUCUUUGUUGCGGCUCAUACGUCAGCUGGUAAGACUGUUGUGGCUGAAUAUGCUAUUGCCAUGUCGAGGAGGAAUUGCACCAGAGCAAUAUACACAUCGCCCAUCAAAGCGUUAUCAAAUCAGAAGUAUAACGACUUCAACAAGAUGUUCGGUGAAGUGGGACUUCUGACCGGUGACCUGCAGAUCAAUGCCACGGCUUCCUGCCUCGUCAUGACCACUGAGAUCCUGCGCUCUAUGUUAUAUUGUGGUUCUGAUGUUACAAGAGAUUUAGAGUUCGUUAUAUUUGAUGAAGUACAUUAUAUUAAUAAUGCUGAGCGCGGUUACGUGUGGGAAGAAGUAUUAAUCCUGCUACCAGCGCACGUCAGUAUUGUGAUGUUAAGUGCGACAGUACCGAAUACGUUACAAUUCGCCGACUGGGUGGGCCGGACUAAGAAACGGAAAGUGUAUGUCGUGUCCACACCGAAGCGACCAGUGCCCCUUUGUCAUUAUCUCUAUACAGGUACGGGAGGUAAAUCAAAGAACGAGCGGUUCUUAGUGGUGGACCAAGAAGGGAACUUCCAACUCAGAGGGUAUAAUGAAGCGGUGGCUGCUAAGAAAGCAAGGGAGAACGAAUACAAGAAGAGCUUCGGCCCAAAAGGUGGCAAAAUGUAUAUGAAUCCGAAAGCAGAGCAGACAAUGUGGGUAGCAUUCAUCGACCACUUGAAACAAAAGGACAAGCUGCCUGUAGUCGCGUUUACACUGUCUCGUAACAGGUGUGACCAGAAUGCUGAAAAUCUGAUGUCAGUCGACUUAACUACAGCCAAAGAGAAGGGCCACAUUAGAUCCUUCUUUCAGAAAUGUCUGCAAAGGCUAAAAGAGCCAGACAGACGGUUACCACAGGUGAUAAGGUUACAACGAGUUCUUGAAAACGGAAUAGGUGUUCAUCACAGCGGUAUAUUGCCUUUACUGAAGGAAAUUGUAGAAAUGUUGUUCCAGUCAGGUUUCGUGAAAAUCUUAUUCGCGACGGAAACAUUCGCAAUGGGUGUGAACAUGCCUGCUAGAACUGUGGUCUUCGACGAGACCACGAAGUAUGACGGGCUGCAGCGGCGAACGCUGGCGCCGGCCGAGUACAUACAGAUGGCGGGCAGGGCUGGCAGGCGAGGUCUGGAUGACACGGGUACUGUGAUAAUCCUAUGCAAAGAGGGUGUCCCCGAUCUCGUGACCCUAAAAGGAAUGAUGUUGGGCAUACCGCAGAAGCUGUCCUCACAGUUCAGACUGACAUAUGCUAUGAUACUCAGUCUUUUACGGGCAGCAACAGUAUCAGUCGAAGGCAUGAUGCAACGUUCGUUCCGGGAGUUCAACCAAAUAUGUCAAGCGGACAACUACAGAAAACAAUUACAACUAGCUGAAAAGGAAUAUUCAGAAAAAUGCAGUACACCGCUGGCUUCGCACUUGGCGCCUCUCGCUACCUUCUAUGAUACCGCAGCAGCGUACAUCGACGUAUUGAAUGACAUCAUGCCCAUAUUACUAAAUACGGCGAAAGUUGCAAAGGAAUUGACGCCGGGGAAGAUACUUAUUGUAUCUGCAGGGCCGUAUGUUAACCAACUUGGGAUAUUGUUGAAUAAUAAUGGUCCAAGACAGACUCCAUACAAGGUGCUAGUACUGAACACGUCUAUUGAAGACAAUGCCAAGUAUAACUUCGAAGUGGAUGAGAACUGGUACAGGAUGCUGAGUUUCUCAGCUAUGUAUGAUACUAUAGGUACCGAAGAAACCACCUUAGAUCACACGGUGCUCUGUAUUGCACCUAAAAACAUUGUAGCUAUCACUAAAAUGAAUCUGAAAAUCGAUCCCAAAGUUAUUAUUGAUGACUGGGAGAGGAGACAAAUGCCCAGGUUCAAGGACGCGCCAGUAGGAUCCAGCUGCUCCAGCGCAGUGCAGGAGUUGUCUCGCAUGUCCCACGCGGUGUGUUCUGGCGCCACUGUGCUGGAACACGUGAGCCUCACGCAGUCGCUGUCCGUCACCACCGGCGAGAUACUGUCCUCACUUGAUAAGAUGAAUAAGUGUAUGAGCGAAUUAAAAGAACAAAAGAAAUGUACGGACAUAGCUAACUUUAAGACGGAGUUCGCAAUAGUUUACGAGCGGAAGUUGACGGAGAGGAAACGUGAUAAAUACAAGCGGCUGCUGUCCUUCGAGAACUUGGCGCUGUACCCGGACUACCAGCGGCGGCUGAUGGUGCUCAGGGAACUCAGCUAUAUCGAUGAACACGAUAGCGUUAUACUUAAAGGUCGCGUGGCAUGCGGUAUGGGUACGAACGAGCUCAUAAUCUCGGAGUUGGUCUUCAGAAACGUCUUCACUGACAAGACGCCAGCGGAGAUCGCAGCCUUGCUCAGUUGUUUCGUGUUCCAAGCGCGGACGCAAGUCGAGAACCAACUGACGGAUAAACUAGCAGAGGGUGUGAAAGCUAUCGAACAAAUUGAUCAAGAUUUAACAGCGAUAGAGUCUAAGUAUUUGGUCGGCCAGUUCGAAGGUCAAGCUGAAAGACUAAACUUUGGUCUUGUGAGAGUAGUCUACGAAUGGGCGCUAGAGAAACCAUUCGCUGAAAUAAUGGAUCUCACCGACGUACAAGAAGGAAUUAUCGUCAGGUGUAUUCAACAACUACACGAGUUACUAGUCGACGUGAAGGACGCAGCAGUGGCGGUAGGGGAUCCCAAACUCCAAGCCAAGAUGAUGGAAGCAUCGACAGCGAUCAAGCGAGACAUAGUCUUCGCUGCCAGCCUCUACACUACACAAAAAGAAACGGUCACUACAUAAUACUAUAUAAUCUGUGGUAUAAUAAUAUAAUACGCACGUCACACUGCCAUCUAGCGAGCAAGAGGAUAAGGCAAACACCGUUUCACCUUCUUUCAUGCUUCGGAACAACUGAGAUAUAAAUUGUUUAAAAAAUAAGACUGCGUCAAAUCUUCCGUGCUCGAAAACCUGAUUUCCCAAACAAGUAUAUUUCAAAAGGAAAAUGUUGUUCUCAAAACAUGGUUUUCUUGAAGGACUUGCUUGUUCAUUGCUCAGAAACUUUUUACAUAUAACUGUGUUAUAAAUCAGCUGGCGAUGUGCCCUGUGCUUAAUGCAAUGAUUAAAAGAACAAUAUUUUGAAGAAUCGUUGUCGGUGCAGUAAACAGCAUAGUAAAUUAUUAUACCACAUAUUAUAUCACUAUAGACUGUGGCUUAAGGAGAUAUUUGCAUGCAUCAAGAAGUAGUAUUUUUUAUUUUGAAUGUGUCGUUAGUUUAGUUCGCCUUUUUUUCGCAUAUUCGUUAAAGUUAUUUUUACUUGAUUGUGUAUUGAUGCAUGACAGUUAUUAUAGAAGAAUAUAUAUUUAUUAUACAAUAAUGCUGAUCAUUACUCAUUAUAUUGUAGAUUGCAGUUAUUUAUUAUAAAAUGUCUCGACUUUUUUUUUAUUGUAGGCUGGUGUAAGCUUUUGCAAUUUCGUCAUGAACCCUUUUUGGUUGUAUUGUUUUUUCUUGCUUUUAUUUUUAUUAUAGAUUCUUAAACCAUC